UCAUGUUGUCCUGACACAGGGAGGUCUCAGCGAUGGGUGAUAACAUCGGGAGCUAAUGUGUAAUGUCAUUUAAAAGCUGCACACACUGUUCACAGAGGCGUGUGAGAAUGUGGGGACAGUCACGGCAAACCCACAGACACUUCACAGUCUGCACCGAGUCCAUUUUGUCAGACUCGUCAGAUGACAGAACAAGUCUCCACGCGUGUGUUUUAUUGAGCACUAGCAGCGGGAGGUCAGGACAGGGACACUUAUCUCGCCAUGGCUACUGCGCGCUUCCCCGGGAAGAGUGUGGACGUGUCGGCCGCCAACUGGACAGCUCCGGCGCUGGGCCGGCCGGUGUGUGUCAACGGGACGCCCUGGAUCCUCUACCUCCUGGAGGAGUGUGUGGACAAUGUGUGGGAGUACUGCAGCGUGAUGAUAGGACUCGUAUCCAUGUUCUGUUUCCUGCUGUCCACUCUGCCGCAGGUCUAUGAGGCCUAUCGGAACGGUAAAGUGGAGGAGGCCAUGUCUUUUGGCUUUCUUUUCUUCCUCUUCAGUGGAGACCUAACCAGCUUUGCAGGGUGUUACCUUACUAGCCAGCUGCCCAUUCAGGUCGUCACAGUGGUGUUCUACAUCUUCACAGACCUGAUCCUCAUCUCCCAGUUUCUCUACUAUAAGAUCAAGAAUAGCUCCAGCAGAAAAAGCCCUGUGUUGAAGUGGCUGUGCUUCAUGUGGUGUGGUGCUGCUACAUUAGUUCUUCUGGCAUUACCCAAACUCAUCAUAGAUAAUAGUUCAACUUUAGACACCCAGAGCCCAACUACCUCUAAAUCAGUGGAAAUCACAGGCUAUAUAUGUGGAUACCUGGCAUCUGUCUUCUACCUCUGCUCACGUUUCCCCCAGCUCUAUAAAAAUUUCCAGCGACAAUCCACAAAGGGCACCUCCUACCUGUUGUUCGCUCUGGCCAUGAUGGGGAAUGGGACGUAUGGAUUGAGCGUCAUCGUGGUCCUGCCUGCACUGAAGGGAUCCAAACGGACCUUUAUCAUCAAACAUCUGGCCUGGCUCAUUGGCAGCCUUGGAGUCCUCAUACUGGACUUCUUUGUGACUGCCCAGUUCAUCAUAUACAGGAAGAACUACCCUGCUAAAAGCAGCACGCUACUCAGCGUCCCAGAAGUGGAACCUCUUCUGUGUGAAGAAGUGGAACUGUCAAUGUUAUAGGACACAGACUGGACACCAGCAUGAAGCACUUGGGCAGAAUGGGCCAAUGGUCAAUCUAGAGGUUGUUUUUGAUCAUUCUGUGGGUUCUUACCGAUUUAAUCGUAAAAACUUGUUAAGAUGACCAUGAUCAAUCCUUAGGUGGUCCAAUGUGACAGGAAAAGCUGCAUAAAAUGUUUGGCCAAUACAUUUAUGUUAAGAUUAAGUAACACUAAAGUAACUUUUUAGAAAUGUUUCUGUGUGUUUCUCCUUUGACAGACGGAUCUUUUUCUCGUUAUCAAUGCUGUUAUUUGUGAUAAAUUGUUCCCCUGGGAUUUCUUUACUUUGGUUUUGGUUGGAAUAAUUGGGAGCCAUACACACCCAGAGGAGAUGGCUUAAUCCCAGAUGUUUUUUCACAAAUGCAAACGUCAUGGAAGAAUGAAGUGCCUGUUAUAUUUACACAUUUCUGACAGGAUAAAUAGUGAUAGCAGCAUUAAACUAAGAUUCUUGGUAUGGGAUGUUGUUUUUCUUACCUGAGAUGGUAUUUUACUGCCAUUAAAUACAGAACUUGCAUAGUAAUAGAGGAACCUUAGAGUAAUGUGUCUCUGGAGGAACUUGUCAUUGAACACUAGAACCAUAGUUUGUAUGACAUCAAAUAGACAGGAUGUGGCACACUGCAAGCAUACAAUGGCCUAAUUUCUCUAACAAACUGAUGUUGCUUUCUUUUCUUUUUUUGCCUUCUUGUUCCUUGCUCUCCACUCACAACACGUUGUUGCCUUUUUAAACUAAACAGUCUUAGAAUAAAUGCACUGUAUAUCCAUUUUAGAACAGAAUUAUUUUAAAAUUAAAGUUAGAUACUAAACUAUUGACAGUGGUUUAUUGAAGCCACAGUUUUUCUUAGAAACUGCAGUGGGACCUUUUCUCUUUUUUACCGUUUGUUAUGAUCUGCCUGUUUUACGAGUCGCAUGAACAGCAAUGGUGUCCUCUUUUGUGACAUCUUCAUGAAGUGCAAAGACAUUCAUGAGAGAAAAUAGGAUGGGUUAAGAAUAGGAACAUUAAUGGGAUUAAUUAUUGAAGGUUUGGUAAAAUGAUGAGUUUCAAAAUGAGUUUGCACAUUUAAGAUGUGUUUCUAUUCUGUCGGUCAGUUUAAAGCAGAGCAUCUUGUCAGGUUGCAUUUAUUUUUUUUAAUAACAUUUUCUUUUAGAGUCGUUCAAAGAAUAAGAAGAACAACGCAUAGAACAAAUAGUUGUCCUAUUGAUCAACCAGAUGUACACGUUAAGGUAGCAGACAUUCAUUUAGAUCAUUAGCAAAGCCAACGGCGCAUUGGUGUGUGCCAAAUGUUACACAGUAUGUAUGUGGCGCUGUCGUUGUUUAACCUGGACAUCUACAUAACUAAAGUACUGUACUUGCAGAGAUCUGCACAUUUGUCUACCUCAUUAUAAUAUGGACGUGACUUAUUUUUCCCAGUGUGCAGGAAGAGCUGGCUCAUAAUUGGGGCGCAAUGCUUCAUGUGUGAAAACAGAAGGGGAAAUGAGUGAAGCGCACAUUGCAUUUAACGAUAUGAAGUGGUAUGUUGUAGCAUCUGUUUUGGAAAAGAACUGCUAUUCAGUAUAUGUUGGUCAAUAUUAUCACAAUUACAUGAUGUGAUUACACGGCAAUGUUUUUUUUUUCUGUCAAGUGAUGCAAUAAUGUGGAAUUAUGUAGACAUGAGGGGAUUUGUUCUGACUUUAGUGACAAAAAAAUGAUGAUUAUUUGCAAAUACAUGCAUUUAGAGUAAUUUCUUUUUCAAAUUAUUUUUGUAUUGCACGAUUCAUACUUUGAUCUCUUCCCAAUUAUUUCUUAAUGAGUCUUUUUCAAUCUAGCACAAAUACGUAUUUAUGUGUAUAUAUUGCUACUGUAGUAUUUAUAAGACACAGUUUUUGGUGACAAUGUAUUGCUAAGAUGCAUUUAUUUUCUUCAUUUGUAUUCAGAUGCAUUUAAUUGUACAUGGCCAACUAUAUUGUAAUCCUAAACUCUGUGCCAUGGUAUGUUCUGAUGGAAAACCACUGUGUAUAUAUGGUAAUAACUGUAUGUAUAUUGUACAAAACUUGAAUAAACUGCACAAUAUACAGUA